AGCUGCUUUUGUUUUCUCCUAUGGUCUGAUAAUGUCCGAAUGCAUCACGGCUCAAAGGCACUCACAUUCAGUUGGAAGUAUUAAGUGUUAAUGGAAUGAGGAUUUAACGGGACUUGAAUUAGCUCCUAUUGUUUCACGCAUGAUUACUUUAAGCAUUAGAUGCAUUUGCCAGGGCUGCAGUCACUCACAUAUACUGCAACUAUAAUGAGCAUUCAUGUGAAAUAAACCGUGACUACAAUCCACUUACGAAAUAGAAUGUCAGCAGAAAGAGUUAAUUGUGAAUGAAGCCCUUUUACCUUCCAUCUAUUCAUCUUGCUGUUGCGUAAUGCCACUUCACUAUGGCAACGUUGCUCCUUGGCCGUGACGUGUAAUAUACGCGACGCAGCACUGACACGUCAUCAACGUGUUUGUUCUUUUGCCGGGCUGAGUUGUCAUUAGCUCAGCCGCUGACUGACUGUUUAGUGUGGGCAAAAUGGUUACUCCGGAGGCGGUGUGGCACUUCCCGGUUCAAAUGUGGGACCGGGUUCUGUCCAAGGUGAACCGGGCGGUUGUUUUCAUGGACGACCCCUCCGCGGAAGUCCUCCACUGGACCGCUGGUGGUGCCGCCGCGUUGUUCGACGCCGGAGCCCGAAACGUGAAGCAGUUCUCCAGCUUCGAAUCGUGUAGCGAGGACGAACCCAAGGCGGUGUUUGUGGUUAGCUCCUUGUUGAAGGGACGCACCGUGGACACUUUGAAGGACAUCAUCUCACUCAGCCACCUGCAAUACUGCGUCGUGAUCACGGCCGUGUCCCACCCGCUGCACCUGCUCGCCAACAACGUGACAGCGGCGGCCGACACUGACACCUCCACGCCUGUCUUCGAUCAGCUGGAGGACAAGCUGUGCGAGUGGAUGGGCGACAUGAACUACACGGCCGAGGUCCUGCACGUGCCGCUGUCCUUCGCCACCGUGUCCCAGCAGCUGCUUCUGGUGCCCGCCUUUGCGAACCUCUUCCCUCUGCUGCCGCCGGACCUGCGCGCCCUCAACGGCAAGCGGCCGGAGAAGAAGCGCUUUGCCAGCCUGGAAGACGUGGACAUGCACGCGCUCCCCGCCGAGCUGCAGUUGAAGAUCAAGGCACUGGCGGAGGCCUUGAACGCCAUGUUGGAGGCCACUGGCACCAGGGAGGAAAGUUUCGCCUUGGGCCCCAUGAGUCGCCUCAUCGCGGGGGAACUGGCCACUCACCCGCAGGCCAAGAACCGCAGGAAGACGGCCCCCAAUAAGGCCUCCAUCAUCUUUGUCGACCGCACCAUGGACCUCACGGGUGCAGUCGGUCAUCAUGGUGACAGCCUGGCAGAAAAGAUAUUGACGAUGCUGAAACCUCUGCCGGGUCACGUGACGGACGUGCAGGUCGACAUGCGAGAACUGACCGGGGUGCUUAUCUGUCCUGGUUCCGAAAGCUGCGUGGCACCGGGCUGCCUGGCGCAAACCCGGUCGCCUGCAGCACGUUCCCUGUGGGAGGUAAUGCUGACCAGCAAGCACAAAGAAAGUCUGAUGGAGGUCCGAAGGCAGCUGGUGGAAGCGGCCAGCAAGGAGAAUCUGCCCAUUAAGAUGAGCAUGGGCCGCGUGACCCCCGAACAGCUGUGCUCUUACGCCCGGCCGUUCCGAGACAACGCGGGGGCGCUAGAGAGUCACUGCGGGGUGCUCCAGCAGGGCCUGGCCACGGCGCAGACCCUCCAACACCCCCUGCUACCCCGCUGGGACGCAUGCCUUGCCUUCGAGAGGCUACUGCUGCAGGCUCUCGGAGAUGCCGACUUCACUUCGGUGCUGAGUCAGAUAGUGCCCUUGUUGAAGCCACGCGGAAGCCAGGACGGCGCCGGCUUCGCCGAGGACGAGUGCGGGCCCGACGAGCUAAUCCUCCUGCUGAUCUACUUGUACUCGCUGGCCGACGAGGCCCAGGCCGCCGAGCGGGAAGACGUUCGGCUAAGGGAGAAGCUGGAACGGGAAGUGAUCGGAGGGCUCACGUUGGCCAUCACCAAGGAAAGCAAACUCAGCCCCCUGCUGCAAAAAAUCACAGGCUGUGCAGAAGAGGAGGAGCCGAGCACCGAGCGGGUCCAUUCCGCAUUAGAGCGUAUGUUCGAGACCCUGGGCAGGCUGAGCCACGCUAGAGACCACCUCAAGCAAUUACGUCGCGUCUACACGCCAAGCGACGGAGUCCACCAGGCUACCUAUCGACCUUUCCUGCGACAGAUCCUGCAAGAAGUCUUCCAUCCCGACAAGCACGAAUGUCCUGACAUAGAGCACAUGUCCGGGGGCCUCACGGACUUCCUGAAGACGGGCUUCAGCAUGUUCAUGAAGGUGAGUCGCCCGCAUCCCAGUGACAACCCGCGGCUGUUCCUCUUCCUCGUGGGCGGAGUCACACCCUCAGAGCUCCGCCUUGUCAAGGAAACUGUCGCAGCCUUGAAACCUGGAAGUCAGGUUUUAGUCCUGUCCACCAGACUGCUGAGGCCCACCAACAUUCCCGAGCUGCUCUUCGCCACCCAAAGACUGACACCUGACAUCGGAGUGUGAGGCCGCAACCAAAAAAGUACUCACACACACACUGUAAUUAAAGAAAAGCACAGAUACUACGUUAGAUUGUACAUAAAGUGUAAUUAGUAUUGAUUAAACAUUUUCAUAACCAUGGGCUAUUAUUUCAAUAAAACAAGCAUGCUGGGUGUGGCAUUGAAAGGACAGAGAGCUCAUUGGAGGGAAAGGUGCGAAUUGGCCUCGUCAUUAGCAUUAGCACACUAAGGCGAAAGAAGUAAUAAAUAAAUUAUCAGCGUUUUUUUUAAACAGACCCGAUUCAUCUGGAUACAUAGCAGCAUUUUCUUUUUAAACACAUCUCUGCUUUCAAAUCUACUUUUGUGGCGGUUAAAAUCUGAAUAAGUCUUGUUGUCCUUCAGCAAAGGCGUGUUGGCCCACUCAUGUCGUCACAAGUCACUUGCAUUCAUGCAAGACUUUGUUGUUAAAGCGCGCUCGUCUCGCUCCGCGGAUGCUUUUUAUAGAAUAAGGUCAGCGCUGAUUUGUGUAGUUCUAAAUGUUCAUUUUAGACCAAUCUUUUAUCUUUCUUUUUUUUAUCCCGGUGAUUAGAAGCUGUGUAGAAAAUGGAAGAAUACUAUUUGUGACAUUUUGAGGAGGGGGGCAUGUUUUGAAAUAUAUUUAAAUAUUUAAAAAUGAUCUUGCAUUUAUACCUAUUCUUUAAUAUAUUCCAAGUAAAUUGCAAUGAAAUAAUGAUGCAAAUAGUAAAAGUGCAAUAGUAA